CCACUCGCUUGCUCCCCCUCUCCUCCGCCCACCUCCAUCGCUUCCACCCCCCACGAAGAGGAGGGCGCCGCCAUGACGACGCUGGGGAAGAGGCACAGGAACAGCAGCAGCUCGAUGCGGCGGACAACCAGCAUGUCGGGGUUCGCUGUGGCGGACGAGGAGGAGCAGCCGCCGCCCCCGCAGCAGGGGAUCUGCAGGCAGCCUGCGCGGGCGGCGAGAAGCGGCGGCCGCGGGGGUCCCGGGUGGGGCGCCGCCAUGCAGAGGAGGCACUCGGGGGACUUCGCCGUGGCGGAGACGGCGGCGUUCCUGAAGGCGUGCGGCAUCUGCAACCGCCGCCUCGGCCCUGGCCGCGACACCUUCAUAUACAUGGGUGAAGUGGCCUUCUGCAGCCAUGAGUGCAGACAACAGCAGAUGAACAUUGACGAGCUCAAGGAGAAGAAAUGCUUCCAGCAGGAAAGCGGCGGCGGCGGCGGCAGCGGCGGCUCUGACAAGUCCGGCAACAGCGGCGCCGUAGCUGCCGCCUAGCAUCGCCGGAGUAGAGAAAAGAGAGAAAUUUUGGCACCCUUAUAGGGAACCAAAUCUAUCAAUAUGUGGUGUAACUGUGUAUACUGGUGGUUCAGGUUAUGAGCCAAAAGGGGAGGGGGUGAUGUAGAGAUUGGAGUUGGGCUAGAUAAAAAUUUUCAGAUUGCAAUGCAUCUGUGGAGGAGAUGUGUUGAGCACAAGGGAGUAUUUGGUAUCCUGGAUGGAGCAGAUUAGGCCUUUGGAUUUGGAGCUGUUUUGGAAACUUCUGAAGGAUAGAACUUAAGUUCUCCAAAUUGUCGGAAAAUGUGCACCCCUCUUGAAUUUUUGAAAUACUUCUGCUGUUUCUA